AUGUUGGCUGUGAAGGUGGAUGUCAGCUAUGGAACCGUGUGGACAAUUGUUCACGACAGGUUGCCAUAUCGGAAGGUGUGUUCCGCUUGGGUUCCGAAGCAGCUCACCAACCAGCAAAAGGAACUGUGCAUGGGGCUAGCACUGCAAUAUCUGUUUCGGUAUCAGGAAGACCCCGCUUUCAUGGAGUGGAUGGUCACAGAUGGUGAGACUUGGUACCAUCACUACGAGCCAGAGACAAAGUGGGACAGCAUGCAGUGGAAGCAUGCGUCGUCACCUACCCCUAAAAAGUUCAAAACCAUUUCGUCAGCAGGCAAGGUGUUGCUCACUGUCUUUUUCGACAUUAAAGGUCCGCUAAUUGUGGAAUUCCUCGAGCACAGAAAAACCAUUAACUCCAAUGUGGACUGUGAGACACUCCGAUGCCUAUGCAGGUCCAUCAAGAACAAAAGACCUGGGCUGCUCAUGGAGGGUGUGGUUCUGCUCCAUGAUAACGUGCGUCCACACGUCUCCACACUCACACACAUGGAACUGGCCACGUUCAAGUGA